AAAAAAAAAAAACAAAAGAGUGUUGAGUUCACUUCAUUCUCUUGUCUUCAUUCUGUCGUUGCUGCAAAAACAAAGUCCCUUCACUUUUCUGGAAUGAACAAAUGAAACAACAAUUCUCAUUCUUCAUCCACAUUGCCAUUUCUCUUCUCUGAUCAGGUGUGUUUAGAUAUCCUUCAUGGAGUCACGUUCGCGUAUCAAUGCAUUUGAAUCGAUAUCAGAGGUUCAGAAUUCAGUUUCUGGAGUACCGAUACGCCACAGCCUUCCUUUAACAUCAGGGAUUCCUCGUCCUUCGCGGCCUCCCUUAUAUAGAAAUAACGGUGCAGCUUCUUCUUCUUCCACAUGCUUUUUGGAACAAAGACAUCAUCAUAAUUAUCGAACAAAGAAGAUUCACCAUCUAAACAGCUUUGUAAUUAAUCAGAAGCAUAAAUAUCAAGACCGGAACAAUGAAGGAUUGCCAACAAAAUUAUGCAGCAAGCAACUGUUUGCGGAUGAUCCAAAGAAUUGUGGCUCAAGUUUCACAGUAUUAGAAUCCAACAAUUGUAUCUUAGUUCCAUCAAAACGAGCUGUUGUUAAUCAACCAAAGAAUUACCAUUGUCCGUCAGAGGUUAGUUUUUGUCCUAGUCCUCAGAGUAGUUUCUAUUCAGCCACUCUAUAUUCGGAAGCGAAACAAAGUUUCACCAAUACUGAAGUCAGUGAGUGUGUUAGUGUUGAUAAUAAGUCGUAUGAAAGCGGAGAAAUUUCGACUUCGUGUGAUUUUAAUGAUAGUAGGAAAACCAGCAUAUGUAGAGCGAGUACCGGAAGUGAUGUUAGCGACGAAAGCAACACGAGUAGUUUGAGCAGUGCUGUGUAUAAACCUCAUAAGGCAAAUGAUAUAAGAUGGGAAGCGAUUCAAGCUAUCCGAGCUCGUGAUGGGAUGUUGGAAAUGAGGCAUUUUAGGUUGUUGAAAAGAUUGGGAAGUGGAGAUAUAGGAAAUGUAUAUCUAGCAGAACUUAGUGGCACAAGGACUUCUUUUGCUAUGAAACUCAUGAACAAAACCGAGCUCGCAAGUCGCAAGAAACUUCUGAGGGCUCAAACGGAAAGAGAGAUAUUGCAGUCUUUAGAUCAUCCUUUUUUACCAACAUUAUAUACACACUUUGAGACAGAAAAAUUCUCUUGCUUGGUAAUGGAGUUUUGUCCUGGAGGUGACCUUCAUGGGAUCAGGCAAAGACAACCUGGGAAGUAUUUCUCGGAGCAUGCUGUCAGGUUUUAUGUGGCAGAAGUUCUCCUUGCUUUGGAGUACUUGCACAUGCUUGGAAUCAUCUACAGAGACCUUAAACCUGAGAAUGUGUUGGUGCGAGAAGACGGUCAUAUAAUGCUUUCUGAUUUCGAUCUCUCUCUAAGGUGUACUGUCAGUCCAACUCUUGUGAAGUCAUCAAACCCGAUCGCCGAAACGAAAAGCUCAGGAUAUUGCAUUCAGCCAACAUGUGCAAUGCAGCCAGACUGCAUGCAAUCUGCAUGCUUUUCACCGCGGUUCCUAUCCGGAAAAUCCAAGAAAGAGAAAAAGUUCAGAUCAAAGAAUGACAUGCAUCACCAAGUGACACCUCUGCCAGAGCUAAUGGCUGAGCCAACAAGUGCGCGAUCAAUGUCCUUUGUAGGCACACACGAGUACUUGGCGCCUGAAAUUAUUAAAGGCGAAGGACACGGCAGUGCUGUGGAUUGGUGGACGUUCGGGAUAUUCUUAUACGAACUCUUGUUUGGUCGAACACCAUUCAAAGGUUCAGCAAACCGAGCGACACUGUUUAAUGUUGUUGGACAGCCUUUAAGGUUUCCGGAAUCUCCUACCGUCAGCUUUGCUGCAAGGGAUUUGAUCAGAGGUUUACUUGUGAAAGAGCCUCAACACCGUCUUGCCUAUAGACGUGGAGCUACCGAAAUCAAACAGCAUCCGUUCUUUCACAAUGUGAACUGGGCACUGAUCCGUUGCGCUUAUCCGCCAGAGGUACCGAGACAGACCAUGAUGAUGAAUCUAACCUCAACCGAAAAUGAAGUUUCUGGUAAUUAUUUAGAUGUUGAUUUCUUUUGAUUCUAAACUGUGAUGUGUAGUGUUUUUAGACCAUAUUUCAACUACAUUCAUGGAUCUUCAAUUGAUGAACUGUUGUGUAAGAAAUUCUAAAUGCCUUAAUUUGAGGAACAAAGUGUAUAUUUCUCUCAUUUACCUCAAUCAGUUUCCUAUAUAACACUGUUUUGGAUGUUAUGGUCAAGCAACUAUAUACUAUAGUUUAUAGUUUAAUUAUGAUAUGUUUGAAUUUACUAAUUUACGUUUAUCUAAUCUUCUAUAAGUACUUA